GACUCCCGACGUCCUUCGCGCUCAGAGGGCCUGCUGGAAAGAUGGGCGAGGAGGAGGAGAAGAAGAAGCCGCCAGUGCUGCAGAUGGUACGAGCUGAAGGGUCAGAUAAGAGCUGCGUCACAUUUGUGCUACACAAUGAGGACCAUACCCUUGGCAACUCCCUUCGGUACAUGAUCAUGAAAGACCCUGAAGUGGAUUUCUGUGGCUACAGCAUCACCCAUCCUUCCGAAAGCAAAAUCAACUUCCGGAUUCAGACCAAAGGAGGUCUGCCUGCUGUUGAGACGUUCCAGAAGGGUCUGGAGGAACUCAAGGGCGUCUGCCAGCAUGUGCUUAGCACAUUUGAGGCAAACGUGGAGGAGUAUAAGGCCCAGAAAGAUAUGAACAUGGAGUAAUCAUAGCGGUGCCGAUGUGAUGGGCAUCUCUGCAUAAUGACUGGUUUGCAAUUGUGACUUAUCGGAAAGGAUUUUAUUUUUAUUUUAUUUUUUUACAGAUGUCAUAGUUUGUUUUCUAAUAAAUGCUGGAUGAUGAAAAAAAA